CCGCCGCCGCGCCGGGAGCGAGCGGCGCCGCUCCCCGAGCCCGCCGGGAGGGGCGGGUGGAGUCGGCCCGGGAGGCGCCGGGAGCCGAGUCAGGAGCGGGGGAAAGGAGCGGCGGUUGGUCAGGCGAACGGCGAGCGCGGCGCCGGGCAGGCCCCCGCGGGGUCCUUCGGCGACGGGAGCGGAGGGAGCGGGAUCGGCGGCGCGAUGAACCUGGAGCUGCUCGAGUCCUUCGGCCAGAACUACCCCGAGGAGGCCGACGGCACUCUGGACUGUAUCAGCAUGGCGCUGACGUGCACCUUCAACCGCUGGGGCACGCUGCUGGCCGUGGGCUGCAACGACGGCCGCAUCGUCAUCUGGGACUUCCUGACGCGCGGCAUCGCCAAGAUCAUCAGCGCCCUGGCUCUGCUGAACUGGAGCCGGGACGGGCACAAGCUGGUCAGCGCCUCCACGGAUAACAUCGUGUCCCAGUGGGAUGUGCUGUCCGGGGACUGUGACCAGAGGUUCCGCUUCCCCUCGCCCAUCCUCAAAGUCCAGUACCACCCCCGGGACCAGAACAGGGUGCUGGUGUGUCCCAUGAAGUCGGCCCCGGUGAUGCUGACCCUGUCUGACUCCAAGCACGUGGUGCUGCCCGUGGACGACGACUCCGACCUCAACGUGGUGGCCUCGUUUGACCGGCGAGGGGAAUACAUCUACACCGGGAACGCCAAGGGCAAGAUCUUGGUCUUAAAAACAGACACUCAGGAUCUUGUUGCUUCCUUCAGAGUGACCACAGGGACCAGCAACACCACGGCCAUUAAAUCCAUUGAGUUCGCCCGCAAAGGGAGCUGCUUCCUGAUCAACACGGCCGACCGGAUCAUCCGCGUGUACGACGGGCGGGAGAUCCUCACCUGCGGCCGCGACGGCGAGCCCGAGCCCAUGCAGAAACUGCAGGACCUGGUCAACAGGACCCCCUGGAAGAAGUGCUGCUUCUCGGGGGACGGCGAGUACAUCGUGGCGGGCUCGGCGCGGCAGCACGCGCUCUACAUCUGGGAGAAGAGCAUCGGCAACCUGGUGAAGAUCCUGCACGGCACCCGCGGCGAGCUGCUCCUGGACGUGGCAUGGCACCCGGUGCGGCCCAUCAUCGCCUCCAUCUCCAGCGGGGUGGUUUCCAUAUGGGCUCAGAACCAAGUGGAAAACUGGAGCGCUUUUGCCCCUGAUUUCAAGGAGUUGGAUGAAAAUGUGGAAUAUGAGGAGAGGGAAUCAGAAUUUGACAUCGAGGAUGAGGAUAAGAGCGAGCCAGAGCAGACAGGCGCAGACGCUGCAGAGGAUGAGGAGGUGGACGUGACCAGCGUGGAUCCCAUCGCUGCCUUCUGCAGCAGGUGCUGGGCCCUGCAGAUUUCAGAGUUUCCACUCACCCCAAACCCCCAAUUCCACCCCAAUCCCCCCCAAUUCCCCCCUGCAGAGGUGCACCCGCUGCUGGGCGUGAAGGGCGACGGUAAAUCCAAGAAGAAGCAAGCGGGCAGGCCCAAAGGAUCAAAAGGUAAAGACAAAGAUUCUCCAUUUAAACCGAAACUCUACAAAGGGGACAGAGGUUCUUUACCUCUGGAAGGAGCAGCCAAGGGUAAAGUGCAGGCGGAGCUGGGCCAGCCCCUGACAGCAGGUGGUGCAAUCUCAGAGUUGCUAUGAAGAAUUCCCUUCCCUCCCUGUCUCCUUUCCUCUCUUGGCUCCCCAGUGUGGAAAACGCUGGAAUUCCCAGGCAGGACUGGCACAGACUGAAUUCCAUGGAUUCAGGGAGUGAUUUGGGGCAGGAAUGACUGGAAAAGGGAGCAGCUCCAUCCUCCUGCUGCCUCUGCACGGAUCAGGCUGGCACCGAGCUCCAGCCGGGAUUUUUGGGGACAAAUCCCUGUCCCAAAGUGACCUGAACCCCUUCCCUGCCGCUCCAGAGUCUUUUAUCUCCCAAAAUCUCUCGGCAUUCCCGGAUGGAAGAGCAGCCCAAAGUGUGAGUUGGGAUUCCUCACUGUCUCCUGCCAAGUCCCCUUUUCCAGCUGGGAAUUCCCAUCUCGCUGAGCCUGGCUUUUCCCAGGGCAGAGCUGCUGAUCCCAGCCCAGAUUUUCAGGAAUUUCCAGUGGGAUUUGAGGAGCUGAGGCCCCUCUGGAAUCUGCCUUGGUUUUGUGUUUGUUUUUCCCACUCUGCCCGUGGCAGAAGGAGCAGCUUUAGAUAAAAAAAGUCAUUUUCCAAUGGUUUUUUUUCCCCCCAAAGCUCUGCUGGAGUUCCCUCCUGUCCUUUCCAGUUGUUUUGUUCCUUCUCUUCCCUGGGAAAUUCUCCUCCAGGAAUCUCCAGGCUCCUCCUGGAUAAAUGAAAACCAAUUUUUUUGUCGGAACUGAAGCAGAACUUCUCCAAAGGGUUUCUGGUUUUCCCACUUCUGGGUUAAAAACAGAAGCUGGCAGCUCAUUCCCAACUUUUAUUCCUUCAGGAUUUCCUGUAGGAAUGGGAAUGGCACUUUCCCUGUCCAGCACUCACAGCCUGGCACCUCUUAUCCCACACCAACAUCCUGAUCAGAGGAAAUUUCAUUCCUAAAUCCCUUUUUUCCCCCCAGACUUUGGAGUUUCAUUGCUCUCAUUUUGGAAUUAUUGGGAUUAUCAGGAGCUAUUUAAAUUUCCUGGCUGUCCUGCAGGCUUUAAAAGCAGGAAGGGAGUUGGAAAAUGACGAAUUUGGAGCCAGAACUGUGCAGGUAUCAAAAUGAGGAGAGAGAAAACAUUUGGAAAUCAGAGGUUUUGAAAUUUUUCAAAACUUGAUGUUUUCAUUCCCAGCUUUGCGGACAUUUGGGUUCAUUUGGGGAAAUUUAUAACCACGAGUGUAAAAUUCCUUUUUUUUGGUUCUUUUUGCUUGUGGGGUGACUCUGCCUUGCCAAACCCACCUGGGUGCUGGGCCCGACCCCCCAAAUUAAAAGUGCCCAGGCCAAGGUUCUGCAGGUUGGCUGAAAGCAUUGAAUCCACCCCAAACUCAGCUUCCCCUCUGUACAGUGUAAAUGCCUUUGUUUAUUCCCAUCCCUCUGUUAUUUCCUGAUUAUUCCCAUCCUUAUUUCCUGCUCUGUUCCCAUCUUUAUUUUAUUUCCAUCCUUAUUUUAUUUCCUGCUUUAUUCCCAUCUUUAUUUCCUGGUCUGUUCCCAUCUUUAUUUUAUUUCCUGGUUAUUCCCAUCCUUAUUUUAUUUCCCAGUUUGUUUCCAUCCUUGUUUUCUGUCCUGGUUAUUCCCAUCUUUAUUUUAUUUCCUGCUUUAUUCCCACCCUUAUUUUAUUGCCUGCUUUGUUCUCAUUUCCUGGCUAUUCCCAUCCUUAUUUUAUUUUAUUUUAUUUCCUGCCUUAUUCCCAUCUCUAUUUUAUUUCUCACUUUGUUCCCAUCUUUAUUUUAUUUCCUGCUUUCUUCCCAUGCUUAUUUUAUUUUCUUUCCUGGU